AUGCUUCUAGCGAUUUGCCAUCAUUCGUUGCCAGCAUGGCCUUUGAAUCUGAUUUUGGCGCAGCUCGUCGGCGCCAAUCUCGUUUUAUUUGCUACCUACAAGGUUGUGCUAUAUCCAUAUCUCCUGAGUCCCCUCCGCCAUCUCCCUCGCCUGAAGGGAGGCUAUCCUCUGAUAAAUCAUGCCUUAUUGACGUUCCAGAGACCGCUCGGCGAUCGUCUCUUGAACGUUCAUAAGACGGUACCAAAUAACGGGAUCAUCUUAUUUCGAGGAUUCUUUAACUCUGAAAGUCUCAUCUUAACGAGCACCGCGACUCUGGCGGAUAUCUUGGUCGCUCAUCCCUAUGAUUUUGAAAAGCCUCGCCCCGGGGCGGAAUUUCUCUCUCGUGUCUUGGGAAAAGGAUUGAUUGUGGUGGAAGGCGAUCUACACAAGUUCCAGAGAAAGAACAUCAUGCCAAGUUUCAGUUUCCGGUCGAUUAAAAAUCUCUACCCCAUUUUCUGGAGUAAGUCGGUUGCCUUGACCGAAAGGAUCUCGACUGAAACUUUCGGAGUUUCGCCGACCGUCGAUGGAUCUGGGGCUGUUACUGGCUAUGUGGACGUCAACUUCUGGUCGUCUAAGGUGACGUUGGACAUGAUUGGAAUUGCUGGUCUUGGACGAGAUUUUAAUGUACUAAGCAAUUUUGAUGAUGAAUUGGUUGAACACUACGACUUUAUUACAGACCCAUCUUCCAUCCAGAAUAGAAUUCUGUUUGGGCUCUGGAUGGCGGGCCUCAAGUCAUUUGCCAAGGUUUUCCUUCGCAGUCACGAUCAGAACCUCACACGCAGAACCAAUCAACUAAGGAUUAUCUGCAAGAAUCUGAUAAUGGAGAAGAAGCAAUCUCUUAAAGCAGGAAGCGAGGGAUCCAAAGAUCUUCUGUCGACCUUGUUAGAAUCUAACAUGUUUUCUGAUGAUGAUCUGGUUGAUCAACUUUUGACUUUCCUCGCAGCUGGUCAUGAAACCACCUCAUCAACCUUCAUUUGGGUGGUUUACCUUCUGUCUAUUCACAAGGACAUUCAAUUGCAACUGCGAGAAGAAAUUCGGGCUAAUAUUCCUCACAAUCCGGAAGCAAAUGCUGAAUUUGACCUCGCAGAGACCCUCGAGUCUCUACCCCUCCUCAAUGCGGUGUGCAACGAAACUCUUCGAUUAUACCCCACCGUGCCGCUGACAAGUCGCGUUGCUGCUCGCGAUACAACCAUUUGCGACGCUCAUAUUCCCAAGGGAACUCGAAUCUUCAUGUCACCUUGGGCGAUCAAUCGUUCUCCAGACCUCUGGGGCGCCGACUCAGAAGAAUUCAAACCCGAGCGGUGGAUCGAUGAGAAGACCGGAAAGCCCAAUAAAACCGGAGGUGCGACCAACAACUACUGUGUUAUGACUUUUUUGCACGGCCCACGAAGCUGUAUCGGGCAAGGUUUUGCCAAGGGAGAGCUACGAGCUUUGGUAGCAGCCUUUAUAGGCGCCUUUGAUAUUGAACUGGAAAAUCCCAGUUAUGUUCCUGUCCCAUCAGGAAUCGUCACAACCAAACCUCAUGAUGGGAUGCCGUUGAAGAUCAAGCGAGUCGGAGAAUGGGCAAGCACCAUCAUCUGGAAAUAA